CCGGGCGGAAGUCACCCGCCCUACUCGUGUGUGUCCGUCGGGGUUUGACUGGAGGCGAGUGCGGCUCCCGCCCCGGUCUCUCUUGUUUCAGGUCCCUCCUGCUUCAGUCGCCGCUGGCACGAUCCCCGGGACUCAGCAUCACUACGGGAUCAGAAGGGGGCCACACUGGACUGAGAUGGACCAGACGCCCCCAACCUACAUGCUUGCUAACUUAACCCUCUUACAUUCUGAACAGCUUCUGCAGGGUCUGAAUCUUCUUCGUCAACAUCAUGAGCUCUGUGACAUUAUUCUUCGAGUUGGUGAUGUUAAGAUUCAUGCUCAUAAAGUGGUGCUUGCCAGCAUCAGCCCUUAUUUCAAAGCCAUGUUCACUGGAAACCUUUCUGAAAAAGAGAAUAACGAAGUUGAAUUUCAGUGCAUUGAUGAAGCUGCACUGCAGGCCAUAGUGGAGUAUGCCUAUACAGGGACUGUGUUUAUUUCCCAGGAUACAGUAGAGUCACUCCUGCCAGCAGCAAAUCUACUCCAAAUAAAACUUGUACUGAAAGAAUGUUGUGCAUUUCUCGAAAGUCAGCUUGAUCCUGGAAAUUGCAUUGGAAUUUCUCGUUUUGCAGAGACAUAUGGCUGUCAUGACCUCUAUUUGGCAGCCAAUAAGUAUAUUUGCCAAAAUUUUGAAGAUGUUUGUCAAACUGAAGAGUUUUUUGAGCUCACUCAUGCAGAUUUAGAUGAAAUUAUUUCAAAUGACUGUCUUAAUGUUGUUACUGAAGAGACUGUUUUUUAUGCACUAGAAUCUUGGAUCAAGUAUGAUGUACAAGAACGUCAGAAAUACUUAGCACAGCUGCUUCAUUGCGUUAGAUUACCAUUGUUGAGCGUUAAGUUUCUUACUAGGUUAUAUGAAGCAAAUCAUCUUAUUCGCGAUGAUCAUACAUGUAAACAUCUAUUGAAUGAAGCUCUAAAAUACCAUUUUAUGCCUGAACACAGACUUUCACAUCAGACUGUCCUGAUGACACGACCUCGCUGUGCUCCAAAAGUACUUUGUGCAGUAGGAGGAAAAGCUGGACUGUUUGCUUGUUUGGAAAGUGUUGAGAUGUACUUCCCUCAGAAUGACUCGUGGAUUGGUUUGGCAUCCCUUAAUACUCCUCGCUAUGAAUUUGGAAUAUGCGUUUUAGAUCAGAAAGUAUAUGUUGUAGGAGGUAUUGCAACUCAUAUGAGGCAAGGCAUCAAUUUCAGAAAACAUGAAAAUUCAGUGGAAUGCUGGGAUCCUGAUACAAAUACCUGGACAUCUCUUGAGAGAAUGAAUGAGUGCCGAAGUACCCUUGGAGUGGUUGUACUAGCAGGAGAACUUUAUGCCUUGGGUGGUUACGAUGGGCAAUCUUAUUUACAGUCUGUAGAGAAAUAUAUUCCCAAAGUUAAAGAAUGGCAACCUGUAGCACCGAUGUCUAAAACCAGAAGUUGUUUUGCUGCUGCUGUGUUGGAUGGAAUGAUAUAUGCCCUUGGUGGCUAUGGCCCUGCUCAUAUGAACAGUGUGGAACGUUAUGAUCCAAGUAAAGACUCUUGGGAAAUGGUCGCAUCAAUGGCAGAUAAAAGGAUUAACUUUGGUGUUGGUGUUAUGCUAGGCUUCCUUUUUGUAGUGGGUGGACAUAAUGGUGUUUCCCAUUUAUCAAGUAUUGAAAGAUAUGACCCUCAUCAAAAUCAGUGGACUUUGUGUAGACCAAUGAAGGAACCCAGGACAGGAGUUGGUGCUGCAGUAAUUGAUAACUAUCUUUAUGUGGUUGGUGGUCACUCAGGGUCAUCCUAUUUGAACACUGUACAGAAAUAUGACCCUAUUGAAAACACAUGGCUGGAUUCUGCUGGCAUGAUGUACUGUCGGUGUAAUUUUGGAUUAACUGCACUUUGAGAAGUGUGAACUCAUGGACACAAUGUGAUGGUGAAUCUUGCACUGCAUGAAAAGAUGCCCAGUUUUCUAAGACCCAGAAGCUGCAUACUUUACUUUUUUUACUCAGAGUGGCAUGAAGACUUAUUUAAAAUUGUAUUGGGUAUUUUAAAUUGAUAAGUAGCUUUGAUUACUCUUAAUUACAUACGAACAGAUGGGGGGAAAAAAAGGAAGCCCUCUUGCCAAUUCAGUGGAGCAUUUUUCCUGAGACUGGCUUGGUACAUGGUAGCUUGCCAUACACUUAUAGGCAUACACGUGAGAAGAGCCUACAUUUUUUCAUUUUUUUCUUCUCUCUUCCUCCAUGCAGUUUCCUGGAAUAGUAUAGGAGGUGCUUGAGUAUUGUAAGAAUGCACUAUUUGUUGAUAAUUGUUAGAUAUGUCUUCAUGAUUGAUUGGAACCCAGUGCUUCAUUUUUUUGUUAAAAUAAAUUAACUCAAGGGCUGCCUUUUUUCAGUAACUUAAGGUUUGUAAAUAACAAUUACCAUAGUAGGUUGGCGAUACUUCCUGCUUGGGUGUAGGGCUGGGGUUAAUUGGUGAAUAUUCAGUGAUAUAUUUACAAGGCACAUACCUUUAACUAUCAUGUUAUUUUGGGGCCAUUUAAAAAAAUUAGCAAUUAAUUUUUUUACACCAUUUUUAUGUGGACAGGUUAAUGCUAGAUUAAUUUUUUUUUUUUACCCAACUAGGCUAUAUUGAUUUUUUCACUUCAAGAGGAACAUGGAUUGGGAGUUAGUUAUAUGAUUUGUUUCAUGUUUCUUUAACAGCUCAGCAGAUUUCACAGACUGCUUCGAUGUAAGUAUUUGAAAGAGGUUAUAAGUACUCCAGCCCAAGUAGAUUUUUUUCAUAUAUUUGUAAUAAUUUUAUUUUUUAAGAAUGUAUAUUUGGUUUUUCAAAGUGUUGAGAUAUAAAAAUGGUGCUAACCGUAGGUUCUAUGACAAGGCUAUUACCAAUGUUCUCAAGGUAGUUCAGUAUGUGUAACGCAUGACAUUCAAAUAGUAUUUUUCAUAUUUUUUUGGCUUGAUUCAUUUGUGCCUAUGAGAAAUGUCAGUAACAGUACUAAUGUGUGUAACAUUUUGUUACUUUAAAAAAUCUAAACAGCUUAGUUUUUUGUUUUUUAUAGUUUCUGAAUAGUGGUUCAGCCAUUUUUUCUUGUGAUAAUCCUUGCCCUUAAAAAAUGGAAAUAAAUUAUAGCAAGUGAAAAGCGACAGGCAAUGAUAUAUUAUUGCAUACGUAUCCUAUAAAAUUAAAUAUUUAACAUUAUUGAAAAAAACUGGAAUUCUAAUGUUUACUUCAGUAAAUUUGAUUUCACUUUGGCUAUUAACUUCUUAAAAUAAGCAUUGUUUGCUAUAGCCAGAUGAAAACUUAAUUGAAAUAAGCAACUGGAUUUACUAUAGUGUUUUUUAUUAAAUGUUUGUUAGUCUUAAGCAAGGAAUCACAUUUAACUUGCGUUUAUUAUGAUGUCGGUACUUAUAUCACCAAGUUUGGUACUGUAGUCACUCUAGCUCCUUUCUCCCUGUCAGAUUAACUUCUUCAUCUUCUCAUUCCUCUUUUUGUUAUUCUUGAAGCCAGUGUAUAUUUUUACCUCAAACACUCAUCACAUACUACGUUCGUAAGUGCCAUAAUGUUCUAAACAAUUGUUAAGCCAUCUGUAAUUAUAUCACAUAUAGGUGAAUUUUUAGUGUGUGUAUAUAAUACAUUGCAUUCUUUGAAAAACUAGUUGCAACUAGGCAAUCUGCAGUUUUCCUUGUUCUUCCAUAAACUUCCAGAUGUGGAUCUGAAUAUGUAUCAUAAAACAUAGCAUCAUGUUUCACAGUUAUUUGUAUAAACUACAAAAUCUUGCAAGUGAUUUUCCCUUGGCUAACUUAGAAUACAACAGGAGCUACAAAUAAUAAAAUUGACAGGAAAGAUAUUUUCUGCAUUGCUUUUUUGAAUGACCAAAUGAUAUAUAGCAAUAAUAGUACUUGAUCAUUAAUUUUAUCGUCUGAUGAUUGAAGAAGAGUACACCAAUUGUGAUGGGCACAAAUUUUAUUUAAUAAAAAGCAAUUUAAAAGUUUCCUUUCGAUUUAAAAUUCAAUUUACUUUCUGUUUCUUUCUGGGUUUUUUUAGCCAAAUAAUUAAAUAUGCCGUGUUAGAAAGAACUUCAUUUUUUAAAUGACUAAUUCAUUUUUCUUACUUUUAUUAGAAGAUAGGGGUAUUCAAAGGAGAUUGUGCAGCAUAGACCAAUCUUUAUAAUCAACUUUAUUAUGUAAUAAUUUUAUUUAUGUGCUACCCCAACUUCCAAAAUAAUUAACUAAUUUAGCAGAUCAAAUGAAAGAUACUUGUUAGCAUCUUUUGGAAAUAUAAUUAGAGAUUAUCCUUUGAAAAUACAUGCAUCUUCUUCAUUGACUCAAAAUAGGGAAAUAACCCACCAAAGGUCUGUUUAAGUUACCAAAGGAAUGUAAGCAUUUUAUGUAUUCUGGGCAUCUAUGCAUACUGCAGACAUUCCCACAAGUUCUGAAUUAUCCAUGUAGCUAAUGAGCAUCCAGAUUGUUGAUCUGGUCUGAGACAAGCUGAAAACAUGUAAGAUGUAAUCUAUUACUUAAAAUACUUGUGGUGAAUUGUAUUUUUCUUAUGUUAGGGGUAGUGAGUAUCCAAUUUACCUAAACUUGUUUGGGCAGAAAUAAUAAAGAUUAAAGCUGUGUUGUUGUUUUUUUUUAAUUAAAUGUUGAGCUAAAAAGGAGAAGAAAAAAGUAGGAAAGGAUUUAUCCAUUUUGAAAACCAGUUUGGAAAUCAGUAAUAAUAAGCUAGUCAAGUCAGAUGAAAAUUGUUUCCAUUAAUACUAAACAACUUAUAUUUUAUAGACCAGGCCUGGAAGUCACUAUUCAAUGUCUUUUGGACAUGGUAAUAGAAUUUCAGUGAUUUUCAAUAUAUCACAGUAGAUUGAUGCAUAGUAAAACUUCAGUUUGUCUUUGUUUAUAAUUCUUUUGAACGUAAGUAAUUUGUUAUAUAAUAUGAAUGCUAGGAAAUGGCAUGAAAUGUGAAAAAAGUUAUUUAGUUAAGUAAGUGUGAUUCUAGGACCUUUCUUUACUCCAACAUCUUAAAAUGAUUAUGCAGCCUAAUUGCCAAAUUUGAUAGAGUACCAACAUAGGCAAAUCUUUAAUGUAUAGCCUGAAGGUUAUAAGUAUGAAACAGUCAUAGUUAACAAAAAUAGGGAUGUUUUAGGAUACAAAAUUGCCUGGAAUUGGAUAAUUUAAAGAAAAAAUAAAAGUACAAUAAUUAAAAUAGUAAAAAAAAUUUAAUGGCAUAUGAAGUUGUGGCUAAUAUUGAUUAUGUGGUUAGGGAAGAGAUAACAUGUAUGUACAGUACCAUGUUUAUUUUCUGUUUUGGUUUUGAAAUGCUGUUGUUGUGUAGUUCACCCAAGUGCACAUUUUUAGGAAACCAGAUAAGUUCAGUAAACUUGCUGUGACUUCUGUUAAUUUGUCUUCUGUCUGAAAGUUAAGAUAUUCAAAUAAGAUGUCAAUGUUGAAUUAGCAUCCAGUUCUAAUUCUUAACCACUCCAUUCUUUUUCUUUGUAAAAGCACUUUAAAUAAGUGUGGUUAUUCUGUGGCUGACGAUUUUCACUUAAAACAUUGAUUUCAUUAUUAAGGUAUAGUAUCCUUAUAAUAAGUGAGAGAUUCAAUAGGUUUACAAAUUUUCUGACUGGUAUGAUUUUAGAAACAAAUUAAAAUCCAGUUUACAUCUCUACAGAGAGAAAAAUCAUGUUGAACAUGUCUUUUUUAUUACAUGUAACAUUUAACUGUAGGUAAUUUAUUGUAACUUUUGUCAGGUUAACAUUUGUAAGCUCCAUUCAUUGUUUAAAACACUAAGCAAAAAGUUCCAAGUUUGCCUUAAAUUUCUAGUGAAGUUAAAUUAAAGAACUGGAUGAUAAUGCCUAUAUUUUUGCCUUACAAGUUGUGCUGUAUUUUAACCCAAGAUGACUUUAAUUUUUACAGGAUUCUGAAACUUUGUAGAUGUAGAGUACUAAUACUUUCAAGUUAAAAGGAGAUUGAUGUGGCUGUGGAUCAGAUUAUUUAAAUGUAUUUGUUACUUAUUUCACCUCUGUGUAUGUGUCUUUCUAGCAAUAGGGUUUGGUUUUGUUUUGGUUUACAUGAUAAAGUGGCACUUAAUUUACUUUCUAUUAUAACAGAACUGAUGACCAUUCUUUUGGUUUUGGUUCACUGUUCUUAAAGUACUUUGUGUGUGCUG